AUGCCUGCUGGAAAUCCAGACGCGUUCUUACCACGGACGCUCCUGAAGGCGGAAGUGGAAACUCCUAAGGCCCGGCAUCGCGGGAGCCACCUCUCUAGUGGGAGGAGUCGCACAUGCGCACAGAAGCCCAGCAGAGCGCUUAAAUACCGUCAUGCGGCCACCAGCGGCCUUUUCCCCUGCCGCCGCCAAGUUCCGCGGAGGCGGAAGCUCGGGUGCGUUCAAGAUUCGGCGUCACCCGUAAUCCACCGCCAUGGCCGAGGAAGGCAUAGCUGCUGGAGGUGUAAUGGACGUCAACACUGCUCUACAAGAGGUGCUGAAGACCGCCCUCAUCCACGAUGGCCUAGCACGUGGCAUACGCGAAGCUGCCAAAGCCUUAGACAAGUACGUGUCUCAGUCUCAAUACUGUGGGGUGUUGCAGCCGGAACAAAAACUGCAGCCAAGGGACGAAAGCGUGAAGUUCAUGCUGUUAGCACAAAAGUUCUGAGUGUCAUCCGUCCAGCAGGAAACAUAGGAAAAGGUAUCAACUCUAGCCCACUUAGGAUGUGUGGGUUGCUGUGUGGAUCGGGGCUGAGCGGUAGUUGCUUUUGUUAAGCUACAGUGUUUGAGUGAUGACUUGUAUUGUCGGAUACCCCUUCACCCCGUUCAUGGGUGAGAUUCAGCUAGUCUGACAAACCUGUAGCACUUGGGUACUUUUGCAAAAAGAAAAAGGGAACGUCGUUGACAUCUGUAGUUUACAGAUACAACUUAGCAAUGUUUCAGUGUCUUAUUUGGGAAUAUGCCUUGUUUUUAUUAUGUCUAUGCACGAGGAUGUCAGGUGAUUUUAACAUUUGAAUUUCCUGUAAGCUGACUUGAAUCCAGGUGGGCAUCGCAGCUCCUGUUGUGAUUAUUUACAAUGUUUGAAUAAUGCAGCAUUGAAUCAACUUUCAAGGUUUGGCCAUAAGCAGGCUUCCUCAAGAAAUAAUGGCCUAUGUUAUCCAAGGGCCAAGGUUUGGACAGGAAAAUUGUAUGCAUGCGCUCCAGCAGUUUGCACACUAGUGUGUGCUGCAUAGUAAGCCUUACUAGCAUGGUGAGAUGCCUUGACUGGAAAUACUUGAGGCCGUGGUUUCACUUUCUGAUUUUGCAUUGUAGGCGCCAAGCCCAUCUCUGCGUGCUUGCAUCCAACUGUGAUGAGCCCAUGUAUGUCAAGCUGGUGGAGGCGCUCUGUGCCGAGCACCAGAUCAACCUGAUAAAGGUAAGCAGACGCUCUUCCUGUCCUAGUGAUUAACAGGCACCAGAACUAGGAGCUGUCUGGUGACCUUGUGACAAUCCGGGGCUGCACAUGAUGACAACUGGCUCCCUCUACUGAGUCGCAGUGAGGAAACUGCCAUGUCACCCUUCUGACGCUGCCACCUUGGGAAUUUUGAGUUUCAGUGUGUACUACCUUUAUUCUCUGCUAGUAAUUGCUUUUGUCUUUGGUAGGUUGAUGACAACAAGAAACUAGGGGAAUGGGUAGGCCUCUGUAAAAUCGAUCGAGAGGGGAAGCCACGGAAAGUGGUUGGUUGCAGUUGCGUUGUAGUUAAGGUAAGUUCUAUCUUUUAAAUGUUGAUGGCCUUUUAAUGGAAACAAGUCUGGAAACAGACUUAAUUAUGCUGUAAGGGUAAUCUGAAAGCCAGCCAGCUAGUCUGCUUAGCUCUGUGUUUCUGCAGAAAUGUAAAAAGGCUGGCAAUAGUAACGCCAUGUUACGAGCCUUAAGGACAGUUAAGUUUUUAAGGUCCCUGAAAAUGGCUACAGUGUUAAUUCUGGGGAGCACUUUAAGAAUGAAUCAAAUAGUUAAUAAGAACUUAAUACUGGGGGUGGGGGAUUUAGCUCAGAGCGCUUACCUAGUGAGCUCAAGGCCCUGGGUUCGGGCCCCAGCUCCGAAAAAAAGAAAAGAAAGAAAAGGAAGAACUUAAUACUGGAAAAGUAAUUUGCAUCUAAUUUUUUUAAGGACUAUGGCAAAGAAUCUCAGGCCAAGGAUGUCAUCGAGGAGUACUUCAAAUGCAAGAAAUGAAUAAAUAAAAUUUUGGCUCAUUUUUUU